AGCGUCGCGGGGCUGGACGAGGGCCCGUGCGCCCGCCUUCGUCCUCCCUCUCCGUCUGCUUCAGCAGGCGGAGCCCGCACUUCCGCGGGGCGGAGCCCGUCCAGUGCUGACGUUGGCAGCCGAACCCGAAGUAGUUCGAGGCUACGGACAGCGCUGCCCGGUGGUUGCGUUGCAUUUCCUUCCUCUUUCACUCCACGCUCCCGGCGGCGGCCAGAGCGGCGGUGCAAGACUAUCCCGGCGGCCUGCUGUCGUCCCGCGCGCCCGCCUCUCGGCCGGCCAGUCCGGCGUCGUCAGUCGGCGCCCCGCGCCCGGCUAGCGCUCGUCUAGCCCAGGCCCAGCGGCCGGAGCUAGCGCCCCGCCUGAGAGCCUCCAAGCUCCGGCGGCGCAGGCACCAGGAGCAGAGCGUCGCGGCGGCCCAAGGAGAGGCGAGCGAGCGCGUCCAAGGGGUGGCUGGGGCAGGUGGUGGCGCCGCGAAGAUGGUCGCCAAGCAGCGAAUCCGUAUGGCCAACGAGAAGCACAGCAAGAACAUCACCCAGCGCGGCAACGUCGCCAAGACCUCGAGAAAUGCUCCCGAAGAGAAGGCGUCUGUAGGACCCUGGUUAUUGGCUCUCUUCAUUUUUGUUGUUUGUGGUUCUGCAAUUUUCCAGAUUAUUCAAAGUAUCAGGAUGGGCAUGUGAAGUGACUGACCUUAAGGUGUUUCCAUUCUCCUGUGAAUUUUAACUUGAACUCAUUCCUGAUGUUUGAUACCCUGGUUAAAAACAAUUCAGUAAAGCAUCCUGCCUCAGAAUGACUUUCCAUAUCAUCCUUCAUUUGUCAUUCCAAGGUUUCUUCACGAGUCAUUCCAAGUUUUCUAGUCCAUACCACAGUGCCUUGCAAAAGCACCACAUGAAUAAAGCAAUAAAAUUCGAUUGUUAAGUUACAGUAGUGGACCCUACUUAUUCAGUCAGUAAAGAGUAAAUUUUUUUUAAUGUGGUUAUUAAAACAGUAUCCAGUAUAGAUAAUUAGAUUAAGUCUAUGUAGACAGGGUCUAGAUUUUGUUAACCCUAAUGUGUAAAUGCAAUUAGCUUAAUUUAAAAUUUGGAGUUUGGUUUUUAUAUAGCUAGGCACUUUAUUACUGUAUCUUGAAUUGAAAGCACACUCCCAUAUAAGGUCAUGUAACUGUCCUGUAAUAAAGUGCUUUUAAUGGAACAACUACACAGCCUAGUUUUUCCAUAAUCUUCAGCACCUAAAUUUUUUAAAAGCUUCUAAAUGCUUAAUACAAAGGGAGAUGCUUAUAGCUACAACAUCUAUUUUAACAGUAUUAUUUCUGUUACUCUACCUUGGAUUUUGCAUGAGUAAAUUAUACUAACCUGAAAUGCCAUAACAAAACAACUUGAUUGAGCAUUUUGUAACUUAAUGAGUUUCAUUUUCCCUAAAAGCUACCAUGGUGGAGUAAAAUCAGGGAAAGUUUAUGUCACCAUUGAUUUCACCAGAAUUACUUUAAUAUAUCAAAGGGGUCUACUGUGCUAGACAACAUUUUAGGGAAAAAUACUACUAAAACUGGGUGUCUCAUCAGGACAUACUGAUGAGUCCAAUGUGCCAUAAGACAUCUUAGCACAUUAAUAGCACUUUUAAUACCAAAAAAGGCACAUCAACUAAAAAGUUACUUAGUGUUUGGAAAUAAUUUUCUAGAUUUAUGAUUAAAAUUUUGUUAGGGUACUAGAUACAUCAGACUGAAGUGCCCUCUGGAAGUAAAUGGAUUUACUGAUAAGGAUGUCUUUAUAGUCUUCCCUUUGUUGUAUAAUUUUAUAGGUUAUGAUUGAUCAAAGUUUCUUUUUACUAAUGGUAAGGGUGAGAAGGCAGGUUUUGGGUUUUCUGGUACUGUUGAAAAUUGUAAGUUUUGGCUAUUUAAAUACUUAGUCAUAACUUGAUUUAAAAAAAAAAUAAAGUCUGAGAGGUGUCUCUGUAUCAAUGAAUUGGAAAGAAAGCUGCUCGUUUGCUUUGUUAAUUGCCUCAGGAUAUCUCUUUUAAAAUAAGCUGUUUUAAAAGAACAGAAGGGAAGUCUGCUACCUAAUACACAGUGUGAACCUCAGAGCUUCUGAUACCCCUAAAUGUAGGGGGAGAAUGAGGGAGAGGAGCAGUUAAGAAUGUUUAGGAAUUUAACUACUCAAGAAUAGGAAAGGAAUCAGCCGACCUUGGACCAGCAGGUUUUUAUCUGCAUUGUUACCUGCCUUUCUCACCCAGGAAAUCAACCCUGUACUUGUUUCCUUCUUUGAAGCCAGUGUCUUGGUUGACUAAUUCUAUUUUAUUGUAACUUUAAAAAUGAAAGUUACUGUUCUAAAUUUAUAGCAGGUGCCUUAUUCUUUGCUUUGAGUCAAACCAUUCCAUAUUAGAAUUUCCCCUGGUUUACUUUAGAUAAUUGGCUUUAAGAUGUUAGGGUUUGGGUUUUUUUAAAUUGUACAAUGUAUUAAUUUGACUGUUAAAUUGCUAUAGCUAGCAAUCAUUUUACAUAUGUAAAGUUGCAUUCCCUUUGUAUUUCAUGUGUAAUUUCCUAAUUGAGAACAUUUUAUAUUAAGGAUGGAUUAUGCAUGUUUGGGUCAAUGAAAGCUAUGUCUUAUUUGAUUUAUCCUUUAAAAAUAAAGUUCCCUGAAUAUUUGAUGCCUUCUAAAAGGAAAUGAUUUUACAGAUGUCUUACCGGAGUGUACUUUUUGUAGUUAAUAGAAAAUUAUUUUAAAGAAUGCCUAGUAUUAUGUUGUACUUGAGUUAAAAUAAAUAGUACCCAGAGACACAGAUUAAAAGUUCAUAACUGGGAAUAAGUAGCAAGAAAUACAUUAAAAGCACAGUGAAUUAAAUACUUCCUUUCCUAGGAUUUACCCUCAUCUCAUUAUCCAAGUCUCAUUCAAGGAAAAAUAGUUCUUUCAAAUCUCCCUUUUCCAGUCGAAUUUUAUGUCAUCCAAUGUUGAACACAGUAUGAUAAUAUUGAGGGGUUGUCUACAUUAUCCAAUUACUCUUUGUCAUUUACCUUUAACAUUUCAAGGAGUUGUCAAUGAUUUCAUUGUAUCUGUUGCGUUGUAUAUAAUGUUACUCAAAAUAAUUGGGCUUCCAAAAUAAGGAAAGCUUUUCACUGUAACAGGAUGUAUUGUAAUGGGCUUUGACUUACAUCAAAGAAGUGUGUAUCUUCAGCUGUGGGGCCACAGCUCUUCUCACUGAGGUUACUGGGGUUUUGCUGGCACAAAGGAAUAUCAUGGAGAUCUGGAUUGUGUUCUUGGGAGGUUCAUCAUCAAAAUUUUAUUGCUCAUAAAGCAUCUGUAAAAUUUAGAGCAUCAAAUUUUCCACUAGAAAUUGUUUUGACAUUUGAUUUGUCAUUACCUACCUUUUUAGUUUUUUAACUUACUGUUUUAGGUGCAAACCAGAACUUCCAAGAAGCAGGAGUUGGGUUCAACAGCAAAUUCUGUGUCACUCCCUUAGAGAAUCAUUUCCUGUCAGAACUUUAUCCCACUCUAGCUACUUGUACUGCUUUAUCUUCAAGUUGAAUUAGGACACAAAUGUCCUAAUUUGAAAACAGUACUAAUGAGCAAUAAAAGGCUAGAAGCCAAGCUGAAGGGGAAAACUCAACCGUCUGGACUUAGUUAAUUCAAAGUAAAUUCAUGUAUAGCACAGAAUCCUAAAGAUAGAAAGGACAUGGGCAGUUUAGUCCAACUGCCCCAAUUUACAGAUAAAAAAUUCAUUUAUUCAGUGAAUAUUGAGUUAUGUGCCAGAUAUGGAGUUACAGCUGUGAAUACAGAGUCCCAGCACUCAAGUAUCUUUCAGUCCAGUAGUAGGGGAAAAGACCAUAAAAUGAAGACCAUAAUUGUGGUCAGUUAUUUCAAAAGGAAAGUAAAACCAGAUAAAUGGUGUCCACUCUCACAGAGCUAGUUGAGGUAGAGCAGAAACUAGAACCAAGAUUUCCAGACUCAACUGUACCCUAGAGAAACCGUAGGAAUGAUUGCAGAACGUCCACACAGAACACUUCUGUUUUCAUGAACUCAUUACUUCUGCUUUUAGAAAAACUCGUAAUUUUCAAAAUUUUUGCAUGUUGCCAA